AUGUGGUUCGCGAAUCGACACGAUGAAGGCGUCAUCCACCAUAAAUAUUUUAAUCCUAUGCCCGUCGAAGUUAUCGCUCUUGUGCUUACAACUAUUGAAUGUUGUAUCGACGAAUGGUUACAAGGUCUGAAGGAAGAUAUCAAAUUCACGUCGGCUACUUAUGGAACUGUCUACCAUGGACAUUUCUGCUCGUUGCAGCGCUUCGACGAGCAGACGGCGCCUUACAAACUCCUCGACAAAAUUCGUGUCAAUCUGCACGACGUGGCUCGUUUCCAUGCAGGUGUUGACACCCUCACUAUCUCGUCGUCUGCAUCCCGGAUCAGUGACGCGGCAUUCGAAGAUGCCAUCCGAGAGUACCAACUUGAGGAGCAGGAUGAUGCGGAGGCUAGCGAGUCGUAA